GACCCAACCCAAGCCCAUAUACCGCUGCCUGGUCCGUCCCUGAUGCGGAGAUGGCCGCCUCGCAUCCCGGCGGCCGUCGCAUACCGCCGCGCUGGCGCUGCGGCCGCUACUGCACCUGCGGCCCCCACCGACGAACUCGUCCGCCAGCACAACCGCUCCCUCGUGGCGCUCCUCCGCCGCGGCCGCUUCGACGCAGCCCGGCGCCUCUUCGACGCGCUCCCGGCCCGCUCCAUCGUCACCUGGAACUCGCUUCUCGCGGCGCUCGCCCGCCGUCGCGACGUCCGCGCUGCGCGCUCCUUCUUCGACACGAUGCCUUUCCGCGACGCCGUCUCGUGGAACACGCUCCUCGCCGCGUACGCGCGCUCGCCGCAGCCGGACCACCUCGCUGCGGCGCGCCGCCUGUUCGACGAAAUGCCCCAGCGCGACGACGUCACGUGGGCCACCCUCUUAGGCGCCUAUGCGUGCCGCGGGCUUAUGGCCGAGGCCCAGAAGAUGUUCGACAAGAUGCCGCACAGGAACAUCGCUUCUUGGAACACAAUGGUUACCGGGUUCUUUGCUGUUGGCCAGGUGCAGAAGGCACUGAACGUGUUCGAGGCGAUGCCUGUCAAGGACUCUGUGUCGCUUUCCGCGCUGGUCUCUGGGUUUACCAGGAAUGGCUGGCUGCACGAGGCUGAGGAGCUGUUGACAAAGCGCUUGAGGGCGAUGGACAUGGACAAGGCUGUUGAUGCUUACAACACUCUGAUUGCUGCUUAUGGACAAGUUGGGAGGGUUAGCGAUGCAAGAAGGUUGUUUGAUAUGAUACCGAAAGCACAGCUCUGGCUCAAGGUGCAUAAGAGGAGGGUGUUUCAGAGGAAUGUUGUGUCGUGGAACUCGAUGAUGAUGUGCUAUAUCAGAUCUGGAGAGAUUGGCUCAGCUAGGGCAUUGUUUGAUGAGAUGCCAGAUAAGGACUUGGUGUCAUGGAACACUAUGAUUUCAGGGUAUACUCAAGCCUCAGACAUGGACGAGGCAGAGAAGCUGUUUUGGGAAGUGCCAGACCCUGAUGCAGUGACCUGGAAUUUAAUGAUACGAGGAUUCACACAAAAAGGGGAAGUGGAGCAUGCUCGGGUAUUCUUUGAUAGGAUUCCAGAGCGUGGCACCGUCACGUGGAAUACAAUGAUAUCAGGUUAUGAGCAAAAUGGGGACUAUGAUGGUACAAUCAAGCUAUUUCAAAGGAUGCUAGAAGUUAGUGAGAGGCCUGAUCGGCACACUUUCUCUUCAGUUCUAGCAGCAUGUGCUUCACUUGCUAUGUUGCGCCUCGGGGCUCAGCUCCACCAACUUAUUGAAAAGUCAUUUCUGCCAGAUAUCGCAACCAGCAAUGCACUUAUAACAAUGUACUCCAGAUGUGGUGAAUUAACCAAUGCGAAAGUCAUCUUCAAGCAGAUGCAUACACAAAAAGAUUUUGUUUCUUGGAAUGCUCUGAUAGGAGGUUAUGCGUACCAUGGCUGUGCUACAGAAGCCUUGCAGCUGUUCGAGGAGAUGAGAAGUGCCAAGGUUAUGCCAACUCACAUAACUUUCAUUUCUCUCCUGGGUGCAUGUGGAAAUGCUGGCCUUAUCUCCGAAGGACGGAUGGUUUUUCAUACUAUGGUUCACGAGUACGGCCUUGCUGCUAAGGUUGAGCACUAUGCUGCACUCGUCAAUCUCAUAGGACGACAUGGCCAGCUUGAGGACGCAUUGGAGGUGAUUAAGAGCAUGCCAAUUGCUCCAGACCAAUCUGUGUGGGGGGCAUUCCUUGGAGCCUGCACUGCUAAAAAGAAUGAACCGCUUGCUCAGAUGGCUACCAAGUCAUUAUCCAAGAUUGAUCCUGAGAGUUCUGCUCCAUAUGUUCUGAUGCAUAACUUACAUGCCCAUGAGGGGAGGUGGGGAAGUGCAUCUGUGGUUAGGGAAGACAUGGAACGGCAAGGCAUUCACAAGCAUCCCGGGUACAGCUGGAUUGAUGUGCACGACAAGGUGCAUGUCUUCAUCUCAGGGGAUACCUCGCACCCCCUUACCCAGGAGAUUUUUUCAGUGUUAGAAUGUUUUUAUAGGUCAUGUAGAGAUUGGAGCUAGACGGUACAGGGAAAUUGUUGUAUUUGGAACAGAGAAGAGGUUUUGCAGUGUAGAAGCUUCAAUUCUUCUUGACCUGUACAUGUCUCACUCAUGUAAUAUUUAUACCUUUCUGGAAAUGAAAACACAAAUUCUAUUUUAA